CUUAUUUGAAAAAAGUAACUCAGAUAUUUUGUUUUAAAUUUAAAAGUAAUGCAUUACUUUACUAGUUACUUGAAAAAAGUAAUCUGAUUGGCUAACUUGUGUUACUUGUAAUUGUGUUACCCCCAACACUGUGUGUGUGUGUGUGUGUGUGUGUGUGUGUGUGUGUGUGUGUGUGUGUGUACUUGUUUUUAUAUCCCGGUGUGGACUUGGACCUGAUUGCACACCAAACCCGUGGGGACCCCAUGAGCGGUGGGGACCUGAUUCUUGGUCCCCACAGGCACACCCAUUGCAAUUGAUAGAAAUAGCCAUUUUAACAUGUGUGGCAGUGUUUCCCUGAAAAUGUCCCUUGGUCCUUACGGGGUAGGUUUUACCAGACAAAAAAUGUGUUUGUGUAUAAACUGUGUUUCAGAGUGCGCCCUCUAUGGUCAAUACUGGAACAACUGUGUGUGUGUUUUUUUUUUUUUUUUUUUUUUUUUUUUUUUUAAAUUACAAGAUUGCUUCAGACAGAUUAAAAGAAACCUAGUAAACCUAAGUAAAAAACUGACAUUGAAUCCAAAAUGGUCAAUGUUUAUGAUAAUGUCUUUAUUCAUAUUAUUUAUUUUUAUUUAAUUAUUCUUGCAUAUUAUUAUUCUUUUACAUGUUAUUGAUUUCCUUAAUCAUUUAUUUGUUUUCUACUAUAUGCUCUGAUAUGUUUAAAUAUACCCAAAUGUCAUAUCUUUGGUGUCUCUUCUGUGAUCUUAAUCUUCUGUGAUCUCUGACUUAAUCAUUGGGUCCAUGUACUUUUGCAUCCAUUCCUUUUUCCUUUUUUAAACCACAAAUGAAAUAUGGAAAAUGUGGUUUCUUCUUUUUUUAUUUUAACACUGAUUAAUAGAAUUUGCAGAUACAAGCUAAUUUCCCUUAUGCAAUAUUACUAUUUUAAUAAAAAUAGUAUAAAUGAUAUACAACUUGUUGUUUAAUAUGUAAAUAUGCUAAAUUUAAUUUCUAGGUGUUUUGUGUCAAUAUACACAGCGCCCACUAAUGGCUUUUCUUCUGGAAUCAAUGGAAAUACUUGUAUCAAAACAGCCAGAACUAUAUAUAUAAAUGCUCUGAAAACUCCUUAACAGAUGACAUUGAUUAAUUUACAUUCUAAUUCGCUUAAUUUUUUCCCCAUCCCUUUGCUUUUAACUGUUUUAUGAAUAAAGACGACUUCUAAAUUACUGUGACUUUUUUGUCUGGCUGUUAGGUGUUUUAGCCUAUAUUGUUUUAUAUCAAGAAAUUGUAAAGGUUUAGGAGUCGCUAGGCUACACUAGAUGUUCAAAUUAAAAAUAGCCUACCCAAACAUAUACAGUCACGUGAAAAAGUUAGGACAUCCUAUUAAAUUCCAUGGUUUUCUGUAUCUCACUGUCUGAAGUACAUAAGCUAUAAUACAGCUGCAUCUCAAUAAAUUAGAAUGUCGUGUAUUAAAUAAAUUUAAUGCACACAGACUGAAGUAUUUUAAGUCUUUGGUUCUUUUAAUUGUGAUGAUUUUGGCUCACAUUUAACAAAACCCACCAAUUCACUCUCUCAACAAAUUAGAAUAUGGUGACAUGCCAAUCAGCUAAUCAACUCAAAACACCUGCAAAGGUUUCCUGAGCCUUCAAAAUGGUCUCUCAGUUUGGUUCACUAAGCUACACAAUCAUGGGGAAGAAUGCUGAUCUGACAGUCAUUGACACCUUUCACAAGGAGGGUAAGCCACAAACAUUCAUUGCCAAAGAAGCUGGCUGUUCACAGAGUGCUGUAUCCAAGCAUGUUAACAGAAAGUUGAGUGGAAGGAAAAAGUGUGGAAGAAAAAGAUGUACAACCAACCGCAGCCUUAUAAGGAUUGUCAAGCAAAAUCGAUUCAAGAAUUUGAGGGAACUUCACAAGGAAUGGACUGAGGCUGGGGUCAAGGCAUCAAGAGCCACCACACACAGAUGUGUCAAGGAAUUUGCUGAACCACAGACAACGUCAGAGGCGUCUUACCUGGGCUAAGGAGAAGAACUGGACUGUUGCCCAGUGGUCCAAAGUCCUCUUUUCAGAUGAGAGCAAGUUUUGUAUUUCAUUUGGAAACCAAGGUCCUACAGUCUGGAGGAAGGAUGGAGAAGCUCAUAGCCCAAGUUGCUUGAAGUCCAGUGUUAAGUUUCCACAGUCAGUGAUGAUUUGGGGUGCAAUGUCACCUGCUGGUGUUGGUCCACUGUGUUUUUUGAAAACCAAAGUCACUGCACCCGCUUACCAAGAAAUUUUGGAGCACUUCAUGCUUCGUUCUGCUGACCAGCUUUUUGAAGAUGCUGAUUUCAUUUUCCAGCAGGAUUUGGCACCUGCCCACACUGCCAAAAGCACCAAAAGCUGGUUAAAUGACCAUGGUGUUGGUGUGCUUGACUGGCCAGCAAACUCACCAGACCUGAACCCCAUUGAGAAUCUAUGGGCUAUCGUCAAGAGGAAGAUGAGAAACAAGAGACCAAAAAAUGCAGAUGAGCUGAAGGCCACUGUCAAAGAAACCUGGGCUUCCAUACCACCUCAGCAGUGCCACAGACUAAUCGCCUCCAUGCCACGCCGAAUUGAGGCAGUAAUUAAAGCAAAAGGAGCCCCUACCAAGUAUUGAGUACAUGUACAGUAAAUGAACAUACUUUCCAGAACGCCAACAAUUCACUUUUUUUUUUUUAUUGAUCUUAUGAAGUAUUUUAAUUUGUUGAGAUAGUGAAUUGUGGGUUUUCGUUAAAUGUGAGCCAAAAUCAUCACAAUUAAAAGAACCAAAGACUUAAAGUACUUCAGUCUAUGUGCAUUGAGUUUAUUUAAUACAAGAGUUCCACAAUUUGAGUUGAAUUACUGAAAUAAAUGAACUUUUCCACGACAUUCUAAUUUAUUGAGAUGCAGCUGUAGCUUACUGUACAACUGCAGCUGCACGGAGUUAAUAAUGCUAUGUGAAGGCAUCUCCACAACAUUAUGAAAAAUACCACUGUAUUUGAAGGAUACAACUUGAAAAUGGUAAGAUUUGCACAUUUCCUUUUUCCCUUUGUCAGUGAUGCACAGUUAAAUAAUUAUAUUAACGCUGCAAAAAAUAUAGACCUAUCUGUUUCCACUAAAAUAGCUAAAAGAUGUUCACCUUAUCAGCAAAACUUCAUAGGCUAAAUUUAAUUUAAUUUGAAUUGUUUAAAACAAUAAAAAUACUAUUUGACCAGUGGAAAUGAAUGAGAUCAACUCUAUUCUAAAACAUUUGUCUGAGAACUACUUUUUCUUCAGCUCAUACUCGUUGGUCCCGUUCACUGCCAUUAUAAAGCUUGGAUGUGUCAGGAUAUUUAUUAAUAUAACUCAGAUUGUGUUCAUCAGAAAGGAGAAAGUCAGAUACACCUAGGAUGGCUUGAUGGUGAGUAAAGCUUGGGGUAAUUUUCAUUUGAAAGUGAACUAAUCCUUUAACUUGUAGGCUAAUUAAUUGCCUUCAUAUUAUGGGCUUAUCUGCUUAUGCAGCUACAUAUGCUUUAUUACAGCAAUAAAGUGUGUAUUGAAUUUGGGCCUCCGAUAUCCCUGUCUUAGUACAUUAAGCCACAUUAAGCGUUUUUCACAUUAAGUGCUUUUAAGAACGUCCAAUGUCGCUGCGGGUAUGUUGCUGCUGUCAGUAUAGCUUUCGGACACCUCAUGAGUGAGACUUUUUAACGGGAACAAGAGGGGAGAAAUCUCACUCGUCAUCAUGUUGGUAUAGUAGUUCUGCAAUGCCCGUUUCAGUUUUAAAAUCAACAGUUUUGUCAUGGUGUCAGAACAAUGGCUCUCAAAAGUGUGGGAGUUUAACAAACGAAAACUUUUCAAUUUUUUUUUUUUUUUUUUUUACAUUAAUGGGUUUAUUUUGAAUUUUGGUUUAUAAAGAUGCAAAACUUAAUUAAAUAUAAAAAAUAAGUCCAUUUCAUUUUGUGAACAUGACAUUUGUGUUUAUAGUUUUAAUUUAAAUUUUGGUAUUCAACAAAGCAUUUAAAAAUACAACAACCUUUCUUUUUCUGUUUUUGUUUCCAUGGUUAAAAAAGGAAAAAGGAAUGGAUGCAAAAGAACACGGAUCUAAUCGUCUCCGUUUUGCAUCAGACAUAACAUAAUCAACUUGCUAAUGUAAGGGUCUAAACAAAACACCACUGACAGUAAACUGUGAGAUGGCCCGGUGAGGUCAAUGGAAAGUUCAAGAUCUGUGUGUUCACCUGACAUAUCAGGUCCCCAUCGCAACCACCCCCUCCCCCUUUUCACGCAGCUGCGGCCGCCAAUUUAGUUAAUAAUAAGUUUGGGUCGGACUAAUUGGAGUACUCGCUUACAGCCAGUUUGAGAUGACAACGACACGAGCAACAUCUUCUCCAAGCUAUUCCUUUUUAAUGGAUGCGUCAUGGAGGAAAUAAGACCAAAUAAACACAACAAAAGGAUCAGCAGGUUUGAACGUCGCAUCACAAAACUGAGAAAGCAUCAUGAUGUAUGCGCCAGGAGACAAUCAGCUAGACAGAAGGCAAUGGAAACAUCAAAUAUUGGCCCCAUUAUGCCCCACCAGGUCUCAGAUGAUGAGGUCCCAUCUCCCCUCAAGAAGGACAUCCUUGACUUACAGCUGAUAUGUAGAAAACGAUCCUUGGAGGAUUCAAAGCCAAAUAUGGACAUUACCAUGCCUUCAGAUGUUACCAAGCACCUAGCCAAACAGUCACUGUCUACAAAGAAAUCGGUGGACACGGAGAGUGAUACAGAUACAGUAAUUCUAGAAUUGCCCAGUUCUUCUGUAUCACCAAGAGCCUGUGAUAUUCCAGAGCUAAAGAGGACUGACAGUGUAUUUCUUACCAAGAAAUCAUUGAACUUCAGUUCCACUUCAGAUGACUCGAUAAGCAGCAUUGACAACAGCGAAAAUGAUUAUGUGCCUGAAUCGGAGAGCUGUUCAGAAGAAUCUGAAGAGAACCUUCCACAGCCUUUGUCCAGUCCCUCGUCUCCCAAUGUGGCAUUAGAUGGGAAUGUUGAUACUUCCUCAUCUUCCAUGAAUGCAGACAAAGAAUGUUCCCCACUUGAAGAUAAGGAGAAAACUACUCAUUCAGACAAUGACUGCAGUAGUGAGGUUUCCGUAAUGAAACUGAAAAAGACUGCAUAUGGCCAAAGAAUGUACAACAAAAAGCAAUAUUGCUUUUACUGCUCCAAACCAUUCUGCAAAAUGGCAAGACACUUGGCCCAAGUUCAUAAGAAUGAGGUGGAGGUAGCAAAAGCUCUUUCUUUUCCAAAGGGAUCUAAAGAAAGGAAGAUUAAUCUGGAUCUUUUGAGAAAUAAAGGGAACCGUGAACACAACGCAAAUGUUCUAAAAUGUGGCAAAGGAGUGUUGGUGCCACGUCAACAAACCACUGCUAAACGUGUGAAUUUUAAGGACUACAUGCACUGUUUGAACUGCCAAGGGCUGUUCCGACGAAAAGCACUUUGGAGGCAUAUGUCAAGGUGCAACCUGGCCAAGAAGUGCCAGGUCACAAAACCAGGUAGAUCCAGAGUUCAAGCACUCUGUGCUUAUGCACAGCCUGUUCCUGAAGGAGUAACAAACAAAUUAUGGAAACUAAUCAGUGACAUGAAGCAAGAUGAAGUAACAUAUGCAGUUAAAAGUGAUGCAUGCAUCAUCAAAUUUGGGGAACACUUAUGCAACAAAAUGGGUAGCGACAAAACCAAGCACGAAUACAUCAGAACUAAAAUGCGUGAGGCUGGAAGACUGUUGGUGUGUGCUAGGAAAGUGGGAAAGCUGCAGAGUAUUAAAGACUUUUUCAUACCCACAAACUUCUAUCAUGUCAUCAAGGCCGUUAAAGAUACCUCGGGAUUCCGAGAAGAAGAUGAGGUGUUCGCAAUUCCAUCUUUGGCAUUAAAACUGGGGCACAACCUUAAAAAAAUGGCCGACAUUGCAGAAUGUGAAGCAAUGAUUGCAGGAGAGGAAAAAGAUGUCCAAAAUAUAAAAAUGUUUCAGCAAAUGUAUACCACAAAAUGGAAUGAAUUUGUGUCCUCCUCAGCCUUGAAGACGCUUAAUGAAGCGAAAUGGAACUCUCCAGAGCUUCUCCCUUUCACUGAGGAUGUUAAAAAAAUGCACAUGCAUCUCAGCAAUCAAACUGAAUUGUACCAAGAAAAGCUCAAACGUGAGAAAAGUCAGAAGAACUGGUCAAAUCUUGCACAAAUAACUCUGUGUGAUGUAAUUGUGUUUAAUCGCAGGAGAGCAGGAGAAGUUUCGAAAAUGAGGUUGAAUUCAUAUCUUCUCCGAAACACAUCUGUCUUGCAUUCCGAUGUUGCUGAUGCUUUAUCUGAAGUUGAGCAGAAGCUCUGUCAGCAUUUCCAACGUGUCGAAAUUAGAGGCAAGCGAGACCGAAAGGUGCCAAUACUCCUGACCCCAAGUAUGCUGGACUCCAUGGAGCUACUUGUAAAGAAUCGUCAAGCAUGUGGCGUACUGGAUGAAAAUAUCUUUUUUUUCGCAAAGCCCAUGACUGAGACAUCAUACUACAAAGGCACGGAUUGCAUCAGGAAGGUUGCCCACCAGUGUGGAGCCAAACAUCCAAAGACUUCGUCAUCCACAAAGCUGCGGAAACAUAUCGCAACGCUAUCUAAAGUCCUAAAUCUGACAGAUACUGAGUUGGACCAGUUGGCAGAUUUUAUGGGACAUGAUAUAAGAGUCCAUAGAAAGUUUUACCGGUUGCCUGAAGGGACGUUACAACUAGCAAAGAUCAGCAAGGUGCUGAUGGCCCUUGAACAGGGAAGAGUAUCAGAAUUCAAGGGGAAAAACCUUGAUGAAAUUCACCUUGAUCCUUAUGAGAAAGUGAAUGCAGAUCCUGAUGUUUCUGAAAGUGAGGAUGAAGAAAGUGAGAGUGAGAUGCCACAGUCAAAAAAGCGCCGUCAGUCCUCUUCAACAUCUACAGAGGAAUCUUCUGGCAGCAAGUCUUUAAAUGAGAGUGCGAUGCCAAAGAAGCAAUGUCAGUCGCCUUCAACAUCUACAGAAGAAGAUUUGUUUCGGCACAAGUCGGCAAAGGAGAGAGAGACUCCUUCAAAUUCAGGUGCGUCAAGAUGCCCAAAAAGAAAAUGGACAGAAGAGGAAGUGAAGGCAGUCGAGAACAAACUUUUGGAUUGCAUCACAUCUGGCAGGGUACCGGGGAAAAGGCAGUGUGAAGACUGCAUCAGGUCAGCGCCGGUAUUGCUUAAACAGAGAACCUGGGAAGCAGUGAAGUUUUAUGUCAAGAACCGAAUAACAGCAUUCAAGAGGGAGUGUGAGAAAAGAAGAAAAAUGUGAUCAUGGCUCAGUUCAGUUUUUCUUUGUCAGUGAAGUUUAGCACUUUCUAAGUUUUUGCACUUGUUUUUGUACACCUUUUCUCUUUUUGUACGCUUCUAAAACACUCUUCUCUUCUGCUGUUGGAAAAAAUAAGUUCCUCAUCAACAUUGUUACCCAAUAUAGGGUAUUGAGAGUUAACCUUUCAUUUUGGAAAAAUUAAGGACUUGUUUAGUCCAAGGGGAUUCAGCGUUUCAACUGUUGCACUUUACAGCAAAAAUGUUUGUCCAAAAGCAUUGACAAAUAAAAUCAGUUGGAACUACUUUUGCCAAAGAACAAUUUAUUUGAAUGCAAUUUAUUUGAAUUUGAAUGUAUUUGUAAUAUAGUUGUGUUUAGUGGUAGCAGGGAGCACCUGUUGACCGUAUGAAGAUGCUGAUUUAAGAAGUUUGAGGUGAGGUCCCCAUUGGUAACCUUUUAAACACACACAGUGAUGUCAUUAAUUAGCAUAUCAAAACAUUACAUCACAGGUCCCCAGGAGGGUCUUCUACCUGACCGGGUCCCCAGCAGUUGGUAAAAUGUCAGGUUAGUCUUCUGGGGGUCAGACUCAAGUUUACAAGUGAUGGCUGUUAUAACAGCUGUUAAUGGAGUGUGGAUCAGUUUCUGCCUUGUCUGUAGACCACUCAGAAUGGGUGGUUCCCACCAGGCUGCAUGUUGUCAUGUGUCCCCACGCAGUAGCAUAAACAGGUAUGUGUGUGUGUGUGUGUGUGUGUGUGUCUGUGUGUGUGUGUGUGUGUGUGUGUGUGUGUGUGUGUGUGUGUGUGUGUGUGUGUGUGUGUGUGUGUGUGUGUGUGUGUGUGUUU